AUGUCCCUUUCCGACCACGCCCAGAAGCUCACAAGCUCGCUCGAGCAAGCCAAGCUCGUCCCCGGCGCGGCCGGCGCCCUCAUCCCCGAGGGUUUCGAGCCGACGACGAAGCUUGAGGUGUCGUUCGCGGGCAAGGCGGUCGACGCCGGCAACUUCUUCCGGGCGGGCGAGUGCAAGGUGGCGCCGAGCGUCUCGUUCGCGGGCGAGGCCGGGGCGCCGGCGGGCGCGUGCUACACGCUCUUCCUGACGGACCCGGACGCGCCGACCCCGGACAACCCGCAGUUCGCCUUCUGGCGCCACUGGGUCGUCCCCGGGCUGCAGCCGCUCAGCGGGGACGGCGGCGUGGUGGCGCAGGGGAAGCCGGCGCUGACGGAGUUUCUAGGGCCCGGGCCCAAGGACGACUCCAAGCCGCACCGCUACCUCUUCCUGCUCUACCGGGAGCCCCAUGGCCUGGAUCUCAAGAAGGAGGACGUCGGCGGGGAGGAGUUUGUCGAGAGACGGUCAUGGAAGCCCGCCGAGUUCGCCGAGAAGCAUGGUCUGAAGCUGGUCGGCGUCAACUGGAUGACGUGCGCCGGCGACUGCUGGACCAAGUAA